AUGGCGAACAGAAGCAAGAGCAAGUGGCCCAAGUUUGACGGGAGAGCAGAGGAGUAUGAGCUCUGGGAAGAAAGGAUGUUGUGCUGCAUGCACGGAGUGGGACUGAAGCAGACAAUCCUCACAGAGCCCGCUGCACCGCUGACGGCGGAAGAACAGGAGGAGGAUGAUAAGCUGAAUGCAGACGCCUAUUGUGCUUUGGCGCCGUUACUUGACAAUACGAGCUUGGGGCUGAUAUUCAGAGAUACGAAGGACAAGGGCCGAGAGAGUCUCAAAGUGUUAAGAGAACAUUACAUCGGAAAAGGUAGGCCUCAGAUUGUCUCCCUGUACAUAACGAUGACAGCGCUAAAGAAAGCCGAUAACGAGACUGUAACUGAAUACGUUAUACGAGCUGAGCAGAUCAUUACGGCGCUCAGGGGUGCAGGUGAAGCACCGAGUGAGGGACUGAUGAUGGCGAUGAUCAUGAGGGGAUUACCGGAGAAGUACAAGCCGUUCACGCUGAUGGUAACGCAUGGUUCCGCGGACAUGAGGCUAGCAGAGUUCAAGGCCAAGCUAAGAAAUUUCGAAGCUUCAGAAGAUUCAGACCCAGUUGCAGACGAGACGAGGGAAAGGGUGCUGAGGGCCCAAGCGGUGCCAAAGAAAAAGACCGGACCAGUGGAGGUGGUGUGUUGGCGCUGCGGAGAAAAGGGCCAUAGAAGGGAUGACUGCACAGAGAAGGUUUGGUGUAGCUCAUGCAGAAGCAGGGGGCACUCAGAUAAGGCCUGCACAAGGAAGGAGCGUGACCGGAAUGCCAGGUGUGCGUGUGCCCAUGAUGGCGGCGUCGACGGUGGCGGCAGUAGAGCAGGUCGUGGACCAGAUGGCGCCCGGGGAGCCACUGGAGGAGAAGACUACACCUUUAGCGCGCAAACGAAAGGUACCAGCCCCUCAGAGCAACGGCUGCAGAUCCAGAGAACCGGAUUGAUCGUGGACACAGGCGCGUCAUCUCACAUCAUCAAUGACCGGAGCAAAUUCAAGACCUUCGAUGACACCUUCAGGCCAGAGAGACACUGCAUGGAACUGGCAGACGGGAAGCGCACCGUCGGGGUGGCACAAGGCAGGGGAGACGCGCAGGUGUUUCUCCUAAACAGCGAGGGGCGCCGGUGUGCAGUGACUUUAAAGAACGCCCUCUACAUUCCCUCGUACCCCCAAGAACUCUUCUCAGUAAAGUCUGCUACUGCUCAUGGUGUCAAGGUGUUCUUCGAAGAAGGUAAAGAUGUCAUAGUGUUGCCGGAUGGCAUAAGGUUUGAUAUUCAUGUAUGUAAGAGGAUGUACUACUUGCAAACCGAGUUUGAUGUGGGCGAUGUAUGCCAUGUCAGUUAUGAUAUGCAGACAUGGCAUGAAAUAAUGGGUCACUGCAAUUACGAAGACAUAUUGAGGUUGCAGGGUAUAACAGAAGGAAUGCACAUUAAAGGUGCAAAACGUAGGCCUGAUAAAGAAUGUACUGUGUGCAUAGAGGGAAAAUUUACUCAAUCGAGAAACAGAGAUCCGACUGAUAAGGUAAAGACACCACUUGAGCUGGUGAACACAGAUCUAGCUGGUCCAGUGAGCAAUGAGUCCAUAGACGGCUUCAAGUACAUGCAGUCUUUUACAGAUGUGUGUACGGGAGCAGUGUUUGUUUACUUCCUAAAAGCAAAAAGUGAUGCAGUUCAGGCCACUGAGAAGUAUCUGGCAGACGUAGCGCCCUAUGGCACUGUGAAAUGUAUUAGGUCAGAUAACGGGACUGAAUUCACUAACAGAGAGUUCCAGACACUACUAAGAAAGAACAAAAUCAGACAUGAGACUUCCUGUCCUUACUCCCCGCACCAGAACGGGACAGCUGAAAGGGAAGGGCGCACUCUUUUCGAGAUGGCCAGAUGUAAACUUAUAGACAGCGACCUACCUAAGAGUCUUUGGCAUUAUGCUAUCCAGGAAGCAGCUUACACCAGAAACCGGUGCUUUAACAAGCACACAGGCACUACCCCAUAUACAUCACUGACCGGUAAAAAGUGUGAUCUAGCCAGGAUGCAUAAGUUUGGAUCAGUGUGCUAUGCCUAUCAGCAAGACCGUGGAAAGCUAGAUUCUAGGUGUGAGAGAGGACUCUUUGUAGGGCAUGACAAAGGCAGUCCUGCCUAUCUAGUUUACUACCCCAACAAAGGGAAAGUACAGAAGCACAGACUGGUAAAGUUUGUCACUAAGACAACCUGUGAAAACGAGACUCAGACACAGGAGCUAGGACUGGACGCCAAAGUAGACUGUGACGAGAGAGUAGAGACUCCCCAGCCCAGUGUUAUGAGCACAGAUGUGCAGACUGACGAACCACAGCCAGCGCCUGAGGAUGAUGGCGAGGAGCACCCUAGGGUGACGUCACAUGCCUCAGACAGUGGGAGAUAUCCCACCAGAGAGCAUAAAACUCCGGGGUAUCUGAGGGAUUAUAGUCUUGGAGACACUGAUGACGACCGUACACUCACUAGUGUAGAUUAUUGCUACCGAGCAGUUUGUGGUGUUCCUCUGACCUUUAAGGAGGCCAUGACAUCAGCUGAGUCAGGAAAGUGGAAGAAAGCGAUGGACGAGGAGAUGAGGUCCUUAGAGGACAAUCAUACCUUUACCUUGACUAAGUUACCAGAGGGCAGGAAGACAGUGGGAGGAAGGUGGGUGUACACGAUCAAGAGUGAUAUUGAUGGACACGACCAAUACAAAGCUAGAUUUGUAGCGAAAGGAUAUAGUCAGAGAGCAGGGAUAGAUUAUGGUGAGACAUUCUCACCAACAGCUAAUCUCACAAGUAUACGUGUAGUGAUGCAGAAGGCAGCACAAGAUGAUUUGAUCUUACAUCAAAUGGAUGUGAAGACAGCCUAUCUACACGCCCCCAUUGAUCGAGACAUCUACAUGGAGCAACCUGAAGGUUACGAAAAAGAGCGAGAGAAGCUAGUGUGUAAAUUAGAGAAGUCAAUUUAUGGCCUGAAGCAGUCAGGGCGUAAUUGGAAUGAGAUGCUCCACAAAUGUCUAGUGGGUGACAAUUUCACUCGAAACCCGACAGAUCACUGCGUCUAUACAAAAGAGUCUGAAGAGGUAGGGAAGGUGAUUGUAGUUAUCUGGGUGGAUGAUCUUAUCAUCGCAGCCAGCAACAACAAGAGUCUAGAGAAAGUGAAAAACAUGCUCUCUACCAGAUUUAAGAUGAAAGAUCUAGGAAAAUUGAAAUAUUUCUUAGGCAUGCACUUUAGCCAGUCUGACGGUUGUCUAAAAGUUUCACAAAAGAAAUAUGUUGAGAAGAUACUGGAACGCUUUGACAUGCAGGAGUGUAGAAUUAGAGAGACACCAUGUGACCAAAAGUUAGACUACUCUGAAGAUGCACCUAAGAUGUCCGAUGUGAAGAAGUACAGAGAGGCUGUUGGCAGUCUCAUUUACUUGACCACCUGUACACGUCCUGACCUGUGUUUUGUGGACGCUGUGACUGAUGGGACCAUCUCAUGUGUUGAUGUGCUCACUGUUCUUGAGGAGAUUGACGGCUAA